UGGCACUACAGAUCCUUGUGAUGAAGGAGAAGUAAAGAGGACAUUAGAGAAAACCUUUUGUGGAAGAGAGGAUCUAUCAUCAAGCCUUACCUAUGGUGGAGGAUCAUGAAACAGUGCCUGGAGGAGCACUAUUGGGACUUCCUUCUGCAAAAGUGUACCCCCUGUGAAUAUCGAUGCAAGAGACCCAACCACCAGAACUGUGACAUGUUUUGCAAGUCUCUGAGGUGCAAGAAACAAGGCAGCUACUAUGACCAUCUUGUGAAAGACUGCAUCAGCUGCUACUCCAUCUGUGGACAACACCCAAAGCAAUGUGCACACAUCUGCCAGAAGGGUCCCCUGUCACAUCUGGAGCAGGAGCUGAGUGGGGACCCAGGACAGCUGGCUCUGGUCUACACCGUGCUGGGGCUGUGUGUGUGCGCUGCCUUCUGCUGCUUUGUCAUCACCGUGGCCUGCUUCCUCAGGAGGAAAGGAGAGCAGCCUCCCCCAGGGAGGCUUCAGGACUUCACUGAGGAUCAUUUAAUGGAGGCAGGAAGAGUAGGAGAUGGCUCAAAAGAGCUCAGGACGCCCGAGCCUGUGGAAACGUGCGGCUUUUGUUUCCCGGAGCAGACUCCCCCGACGGAGGAGAGCGCAGCCCCGACCGAGGUCUCCCAUCCCGAGGAGAACGGAGCCGCGCUCAGGGAAUGGCUUGGCCCGCUGGGGACGGCGUCCUCGGGGCCUCCCCCAGGCUGCAAGGAAGGCUGCCUCAAUAUCAUCUGCUCCCCCUCCCAGGAGAAAGCGGCGCCCUCGUGAAACGCCGCCGCCGGAAGGAGCCCCGUCUGCUCCCGCCCUGCACAAAUCCACCUUCAGGAAACACGUCUUCCUGCAGCAGCUCGGCCGUGUGCCCCGCCCCCACCCCCACUCCCGGGUCCGGCCCUGCUCCAUUGGGCUAUUCUCGCGGCCGUCAUUCCGGGCCUCCCCGACCCCCUAAUAUGGCAGAAAUUGAACAAAGCUUCUCCAUCCCA